UAAUAUAGUAUAUAUAAUACACAAAGGCAUAUUUUACAAGUAGUAAACCUCUAGACGUCUAAUAUAGAAUAUUAUGACACUAUUUAAUUAAUCUGAAAUCAAUUCAUAAAAAAGAAGGUAGUGGGGGUUAUCGUACGUGUGAUGUCACAGCUAUUUCCCUUAGUAGUUUUUACUGCCGAUUAUCAGUGACCAGUAAACAUGAACAUAAAGAAACAAAUUAAUAAACCGUGAAACGUUAUCGUUUUAUAAUCAUUAGCAUACAUGUAAAUACGCCGAGUGCCGUACAGGGUUCAUUAGACAUUGGAUUCUAAUAGCAGUCGAACGUCAUCUUCCAACCGGCUUGUAUGCGCACGGAUUUAAAACUGCUGUUACCAAAUUACCUGGAUUAAAUUUAAAAUAGAUUAUAAAAUAAUCGUAUUGUUACGAUGAUUAUCCCAAAUGUCAGUGGUUCCAUCAGGAACCAUGUCAAGACCCAGUUUAUAUCGCUCUCCUUAUCCCGAGCAAGAUAUUCUUCUCAAGUAGAGUAUAAGCCAAUCAGGAGUGUAAUGGUUGCUAACAGAGGUGAAAUUGCAAUACGUGUGUUCCGAGCAUGUAAUGAGUUAGGUAUCAAGUCUGUGGCCAUUUAUUCAGAACAAGACAAAAUGCAUAUGCACAGGCUGAAGGCUGAUGAAUCAUACUUAGUUGGAAAAGGCAAAGCUCCAGUUGAUGCAUAUCUUGAUAUACCAGAAAUAAUAAGAGUAGCAAAGGAAAAUGACGUGGAUGCUAUUCAUCCUGGUUAUGGGUUUUUGUCAGAACGAUCAGACUUUGCCCAAGCUGUUAUUGACGCAGGAAUCAGAUUUAUAGGACCAUCGCCCUAUGUAGUACAACAAAUGGGUGACAAAGUGGCAGCUAGACAAGCGGCUAUUGACGCUGGUGUGCCUAUUGUAGCUGGAACUCCUGGCCCCAUCAGAACAUCAGAUGAAGCUAUCGAGUUUUGCUUGAAACACGAUCUGCCGGUUAUUUUUAAAGCAGCUUACGGUGGUGGUGGACGAGGAAUGAGAGUCGUUAGAAAAAUGGAAGAUGUCAAAGAAAACUUCGAACGUGCUAGUUCGGAAGCCAAAGCAGCUUUCGGAGACGGUGCUAUGUUUAUCGAGAAGUUUGUUGAAAGACCACGACAUAUUGAAGUUCAACUUUUGGGUGACAAGGCCGGGAACAUAGUUCAUUUAUAUGAAAGAGAUUGUUCGGUACAACGUCGCCAUCAAAAAGUUGUCGAGCUUGCUCCAGCUCCACACUUAGAUCCAAAGGUUCGAGAUGCGAUGACUGAGCGUGCUGUUAAGUUAGCUAAGCACGUGGGGUACUCAAACGCAGGUACUGUCGAAUUUUUAGUUGAUUCUAAGGGUAACUUCUAUUUUAUUGAGGUAAAUGCGAGAUUACAAGUAGAGCACACUGUUACUGAAGAAAUAACUGGUAUCGAUUUAGUUCAAUCUCAGAUUCGAAUUGCUGAAGGUGUUACACUUCCCGAGUUAGGUUUAACUCAAGACAAAAUUAAACCACAAGGCUUUGCUAUUCAGUGCCGUGUUACCACCGAAGAUCCUGCUAAAAACUUUCAACCCGACACCGGUCGUAUCGAAGUUUUUAGAAGUGGUGAGGGUAUGGGUAUCAGAUUGGAUGGCGCCUCAGCAUUCGCUGGAGCUAUAAUUAGUCCUUACUACGACUCGUUAUUAGUUAAAGUCAUUGCACAUGCUGCCGAUUUGCAAGCAUCGUGUGCUAAGAUGAACCGAGCUCUGCGUGAGUUCCGAGUUCGCGGAGUGAAAACCAAUAUUCCAUUCCUCCUGAACGUGUUAACCAAUGAAAAAUUUGUAAAUGGAUCUGUCGAUACUUAUUUUAUCGAUGAAAAUCCACAACUGUUCACCUUAGAACCAUCUCAAAAUAGAGCUCAAAAAUUACUGAACUAUUUGGGCCAUGUUUUAGUCAAUGGCCCUCAGACUCCAUUAGCAACUAACUUGAAGCCUGCAAAUGUUUCACCUCAAGUCCCUGAAUUUCCAGCAGAUUACCUUGCACGUAUAUUAGGCAAAAACGAACCAGAUAGUCAAAACAACUCAGAUUUAACUCCACCUCAAGGAUUUAAACAAAUCCUUAACAAAGAUGGACCAAAAGGUUUUGCUAAGGCUGUUCGCGACCAUAAGGGACUUUUACUGAUGGACACAACAAUGAGGGAUGCCCAUCAGUCUCUACUGGCAACUAGAGUCAGGUCACAUGAUAUUCUUCGAAUUUCUCCAUGGGUAUCGCAAACCUUCCCUAAUUUCUACUCAUUAGAAAAUUGGGGAGGUGCCACAUUUGAUGUCGCAUUAAGAUUCUUACACGAAUGCCCGUGGCAAAGGUUAGCCGAUAUGAGGUCUGACAUUCCUAAUAUUCCAUUCCAGAUGUUGUUACGUGGCGCAAACGCAGUUGGUUACACUAACUACCCUGAUAAUGUAGUAUUCAAAUUCUGUGAUCUAGCUGUUCAAGCUGGUAUGGACGUAUUUCGGGUAUUCGACUCGCUAAACUAUCUGCCUAAUAUUAUCCUUGGUAUGGAAGCAGCUGCUAAGGCUGGGGGUGUGGUUGAAGCUGCUGUUGCAUACUCUGGAGAUGUUUCCGAUCCCUCUAAAACUAAAUACACUUUGGAGUAUUAUUUAAAUUUCGUCGACGAGCUUGUUAAAGCUGGUACACAUGUAUUAUCAAUUAAGGACAUGGCUGGUCUGUUAAAACCACGCGCUGCUACUUUGUUAAUCAGUGCUAUUCGCGCCAAAUACCCAGAUUUACCAAUCCACGUUCACACCCACGACACUAGUGGUGCCGGAGUUGCAUCUAUGUUGGCUGCGGCUUAUGCUGGCGCAGACGUUGUGGAUGUGGCUGUCGACUCAAUGUCCGGCAUGACCUCACAACCGAGUAUGGGAGCUAUUAUAGCUUCUCUGCAAGGCACUGAAUUGGACACAGGACUGGACUUGAAGGAUGUUUCUUCAUAUAGCGCAUAUUGGGAGCAAACAAGAACUCUGUAUGCACCUUUUGAAUGCACAACUACGAUGAAGUCUGGAAAUGCUGAUGUAUACUUGAACGAAAUACCUGGAGGACAAUAUACUAAUCUUCAAUUCCAAGCUUACUCUCUUGGACUUGGUGACUUCUUUGAAGACGUGAAGAAAGCAUACAGGGAAGCUAAUUUAUUAUUAGGAGAUAUUAUUAAAGUAACUCCAUCUUCAAAAGUUGUUGGUGAUUUUGCUCAAUUUAUGGUACAAAAUAAACUAACUGCUGAAGAUGUAUUAGCUAAAGCCGAAGAAUUAAGUUUCCCUAAAUCAGUCAUCGAAUUCCUACAAGGUGGCAUUGGGGAACCAUAUCAAGGUUUUCCUGAACCACUGAGAUCAAAGGUGUUGAAAGAUAUGCCUAGAAUCGUCGGCCGUCCUGGCUGCACUUUACCACCCUUAGAUUUUGAUAAAGUUAAAAACGACCUAAAAGAAAAGUUCCCAGAUGUUAGCGACCACGAUGUUAUGAGCUCUGCUCUGUACCCUGCUGUCACUGAUGAAUAUCUGACAUUUAAGGAAGAAUUCGGGCCUGUUGAUAAACUGGAUACUAGAAUAUUCUUAACGGGACCUAAAGUCGGUGAAAACUUUGAAGUAACUAUUGAAAAAGGAAAAACAUUAGCAUUCAAAACGCUUGCUAUUUCAGAAGAACUAACAGAUAAUGGAGAAAUUGAAGUAUUCUUUGAAAUGAAUGGUCAACUACGAUCUGUGUUUAUUAGAGAUAAAGAAGCAUCUAAGGAAAUGCAUAUUCAUCCUAAGGCAUCCAAGUCUAACAAAGGAGAAGUUGGUGCCCCUAUGCCUGGCUCAGUUAUGGAUGUCCGAGUUAAAGUUGGAGACAAAGUUGAGAAAGGUGCUCCAUUAGUAGUUUUAUCAGCUAUGAAAAUGGAAAUGGUUGUGCAAUCACCUAUUGCUGGCACAGUUAAGCAAGUUGAUAUAAACGUUGGAAUGAAACUGGAAGGAGAUGACUUGUUGUUGAUUAUUGAACCAUAAGAUGUUUGAACCCCUCCCCUCUAUAAAUACCCAAAAAUAAUUUUAAGGUUCAUCCACUAGUCAAAGUUUGUGUUUAAAUCAAAACAAAUUUCGCGGGGACAUAGCCAAUUAUUGAACAAACCAACUAUAUUAUACUAUAUAUAUGUGUGUAAUAUGUGUAUGUUUAUUGUUAUUUCAUUAUAAUUUGCUACAACAUUAUGUUUACUGUUUAAUGAUAAAACAAUUAUUUUAAUUAUAAAUUUAUCUUUAUUUUAAGAUUUGUUAAAUUAUAUUUUUUCAUAAAUUAAUAAUUGUUUGUAUAUUAUAAACUAUAGAUUUUACUAAAUAGGAUUUAAAGGUGUUAGGACAGAUUAUAUGAGAUAAUAAUAAAACAUUAUAUUUUGUAGUAAUAAUCUGCAUGUAGAGGCUAGUAUAAGGACUGAAAAUGUCUGAUAUUUAUUAUCCGAUAAACUUGUAAAUUUUUUUUUAAAGUAAUUAACAGUGAAAUUGUUGAAAAAAUUAACAUCUUCUUGUUCUAUUAAAAUGUAAGCUGUUUGUAAUUAUAAAACCAAAUAACACAAAUAUUUAAAGUUAUCUUUUAUGUAUUAGUUUAAAUAUUUUGUUAUUUUGUUAUGAAGUCUUUAAGAUAAUAAAAUUUAGUAACUUAGUAUAGUUAAUAUUUGAGGCGUUGCGUGGAAAAGUCAGCAAUCUCCACUUUCUUUGAAAUAAAUGUUUUUAACAUUUUCUUAUUAUAUUUUUCACUCUGCAUCGACUGGUAAUCGACUGCAUCGACUAUUAAAUAAAAUUGUGUUAAGAGUGUAUUUAACAAUAGUUGGUGAAACCGAGCAAAAUCAGCCAACGUACCACCCUUGUGUUAGCUAGGCGAAAUCAGGACGAUUUGGACUUUGAAAAUCCAGAUUGAAAUUGAAUGACAUAUCACAUAAAUCAAAUAAUGAUCCAAGCAAUUAUUUUCAAUUACCGACACUGAUUUUUAUCACAUAUUUCCCAAAGAGAUAAAACGUUUCAAUAAUAGGUAAUUGCGGCAAAAAGAGUGCAGAAGAAAAUCAGAUUUUUAAAUUUACUAAAAAUCACUGCCCCUGGAGAUUGUCGACUUUGCCAUGCAACACCUCAUUUAUUCAUUUUAUUUUAUAUGAGAGCAAAAUAUGGAAUUGGAAUUAUGAUUUUUGAAAAAAUAUGUUUAGUAUAUAGUAUAUAUAUAUUAUUAAAUUGAACUGUUUUAAGACAUGAUA